CAAGCAUAGUAAGAUAUCCAAGAUUUUCUGAAAAGAAAAAUCCUGAUUUGUUUUACAAAUCAAGCUUACAACUGUUUCUACCUCACAGAACAGAUCAAGAAUUAAAACCUCAGAAAUUCCACUCAUAUGAAGAUAUGUAUUUCAAUGGUGCAGUGGCCCUAACAUUAUCACUCCCACCACAAAAAGUAAAAACAAUUAUAGAAAGUAACAGGCAAAAGUUCGAACACAAUGCAGAUGUCUUAGAUGAAGUUCACAAGUUAAUAGAAAGUAAUGGUCCCCUUGAAGAUGCAUGGGCUUCCAUUGCACCUGAAUCUGAAGUUGAACGAAUAGAACUUGAAGAACAAAAGAAACACCUGGAUGAAGAAGAUUAUACAGAAAUACCUGAACUGGAAACUCCAAGCAAAAGACAAAGUAAGCCAGGUGAUUUUGAAAUCAGCAAUAGCCUAUUUACCAGCAGCCAAAUUCAACCUUUAUUACGCCAACUCAAUGAAGAACAGAAAGAAGUAUUCUACAGUGUCAGACAGUGGUGCUUAGAUCAUGUUCAUGGUCAGCAGCCAGAACCAUUUCGUAUUUUCAUAAAUGGAGGAGCUGGCACAGGGAAAAGCCACUUAAUCAAAUGUCUAUACUAUGAAGCCAAUAAAAUUUUAUCUCCAGAAACACCUAAUCCAGAUGACAUUGUUGUUCUCCUCACAGCUCCUACUGCAACUGCAGCGUUCAACAUUGGUGGGACUACGCUUCACCAGGCAUUUUCACUUUCUAAAUCUCUACCCCUUCCAUAUCAUUACAAAAGAGAUGACGAACUGAACAAACUCCGUACCAAACUUCAACACCUAGUAAUAUUGAUCAUUGACGAAAUAUCUAUGGUAGGACAGAAUAUGCUUAUAUACGUCAGUGAGAGACUUCGUCAGAUCAAACAGAGUGGAAAUGCUUCAUUUGGAAAUGUCUGUGUUAUAGCUGUUGGAGAUUUUUUCCAAUUACCACCUGUCAAGCAAAAGUGUCUUUAUGACCUCCGACCAGAAAAUGUUCUAGAACUAUGGAGCUCAAAUUUCUCAUUGGUUCAGCUUAACAAAAUUAUGAGGCAGAAAGAUGAUGCUCAAUUCGCAGCCUUAUUGAAUAGACUUCGUGUAAAGAAGAAAUCAGAGACUUUGCUACCUCAGGAUAGAUCAAUUUUGGAAGCCUGCACACAACAUACAAUUCCAUCUGAUGCUCUCCAUAUCUUUGCUACCAAUAAAGAAGUGAAUACUCACAACUCUAACAUGAUUACUGAGAUUUGCAGUAAUAUUGAGACAAUAUCAGCACAAGAUUUUGAUAAACAUCCUCAGUCAGGAAAGCUCAUACGAAAGGAUUCACCAUAUGACACAACACGUGACUUUCUACCAGCUCAUUUGCUUAUAGCACCAAAAGCAAGAGUGAUGUUGAUAAGAAAUAUUGAUAUUUCCAUUGGACUUGUGAAUGGUGCUAUUGGGACAGUCACCAGCAUCCUGCCAUCUUCGACAAAUUCAACAUUACCAAAGAGUAUUCAAGUACUUUUUGACAAUGAAAAGAUUGGUAAAAACAAAUCAAAUCAGGGAAAACAGUCUGUGUCCAUUGAACCAUUUGAAGAGAACCUGAACAACAAUGCUAUCAGGCAUCAAUUCCCAUUACAGUUGGCAUGGGCCUGUACAACCCAUAAAGUACAGGGCAUGACAAUAGAUAAAGCAGUAGUAUCAUUGAAACACACCUUUGCAGCUGGCAUGGCCUAUGUCGCACUAAGCAGAGUGAGAUCUAUGGAUGGUUUGGUUAUUAAAGACUUUGACGAGGACAAAAUUUACUGCAUUGAACAGAUAUCAGAUGCUUUAAAAAGAAUGCCUCAAUUCGUGCCUCUGCCACAUCACACAUGUACUGAGCAGGAUCAUAUUCAAAUUCUGCUUCACAACAUACAAGGAUUAAUUCCUCACUUUGAUGAUCUACUUGCAAAUUCUGACAAAAAUAAGGCACAUUUUAUUUGUUUAACUGAAACAUGGUUGGACAACUCAACACAUACUCCACAAAUUAACAACUUCAGUCUGAUUCACAGACCACGUAAUUCCUGUUAUUCUACAGAACUGCCUUUAUUUAGAGAACUUAAGGACAAAAAGCAUGGUGGAGUUGCCAUUUAUGCGCGUAAUGAUCAGCAAUAUCAUCAGUUGUCAUUCCAUUGUUGUAACCUUGAAUAUGUUGCUGUGAAUAUACCUGAAAUUCAAACAAAUCUUGUUACUGUGUACAAACCGGAAUCUUAUCCAACAUCAAUUUUCAUGAAGGAACUACAUUGCUUACUACAGAUGAUUCAGAAAGAACACAUGGCAACCAUCUUACUUGGUGACUUUAAUGAAGAUAUCCUGAAACCUAACACUCAAAUCAAAACUUUUCUUGAAGGACGUGGAUAUGUACAAAUAAUUGAUAAACCAACUACAGAUGGAUACACCUUGAUUGAUCAUGUGUAUGUUAAUGGACAUAUUCAAACAUCUGCAAAAGUUCUCCAGACUUACUACAGUUACCAUAAUAUGAUUUCAGUACAAGCAAAAAUGUACCCUUUUACAUGAUACUUAGAGACACAUAAACAUUUAUAAUAACCAGUUGUUCAUGAAAGAUAAAGGAUCUCCAUGAUUCAAAGUUACAAGUUAUUAAUUCAUUUUAAAUUUCCUUCAAGGAAAAGCUUAGAAAAAAGCUCCAACCAGGAUUCAAACUUCAGAUGUGUUUCCCUUGAUCAUCACAAUGGGAUACGAUACUUUGGUCUCCCUCGAAAGUGAAGCUUACCCCUUCAACUUGAAGCACAUGCAAGAUUUAACUUCACAAGUCUUCAUUAAGAAGAACUAUUACUGUGUUUUGCAUCUUUCAGUUCACCUUCUAUUAUUUACUUGUAAAUGUGUUGUCAAAAUUUCAUAUUGAAAUGUACGUGAAAAAUGUGUUUAUUUUGCAACUCACUUUUAUUGUACUUACUGAUAAUUUUCUCAAGACAAAUAAUUUUCUCUCAAAGCAGACUCUACUGCACAUGGAUAUGCAUGUAAUUUAAAAAAUUAUGAAAACUCCAUAAUAAUUUUUAAAAUUUUAAUGUAAUGCUUUCAUGAAUGUACAUUAAAUGUGUUCAACUUAUUCACCCUCAGAUUUCCAUGCUAUUACAUUCUUAAUUUAAAAAAGAAGUGUAGUAAAAACAAUCAAGAGGGUAUUAUCUUAAAAAGAAAUACAUUUAUAUCAUACAUGUAUGUAGUAUUUCCCAAUUUUAUCAGUGCUAGUAUUAUUUCUGAUAACAGAUACUUUUGCAUUUCUUCAAUAUGUUGACUGCUAUAUACUCAGCUAGAGCAUUCAAUUUCUCUUUUAUAAAGGUAGGGUAAGAUGUACAGUAAGCAAGCACACCAAUAACAGUUUUAGGUCAUAUUCACUGUGACAUAAGAAUAUUAGAUAUAAGGAACUUUGCUUAAUAUGUAAUGAAUCAAACCAUCACUAUCUGGCACUUUGUUAUUUAACUUUGUUUACUGUAAUUCAGUAAUUAUUAUAUUCAUGUACCUCAUAAUAACUAAGUCAUUCAGAACAGAUAGACUAGCAAAAGGAAGAAAAAGUCAUUGCAACCAAAAUAACUGAUUUAAUUGAAAUAUAAAAAUUAAGAAUUCAAUUGGGUCAAACAUUAAUUGUUAUGAAAAGGGACAUAACUCUGUAAACCUAGCAAUUUUGAUUUCAGGAAAAUUAUUUUUUUCAAAAUAGGCUGCUCUGAUUAGAAAUAUUUCUUAUACAUUAUUUACAUAACUUAUUUUGUAUAUCUUCAACAUAGAAAACUGCAGUAAAACAUGAACAACAAUUCAUCAUAAUGACAUGUUAUAUCCCUUUCUCCAUAGUUAUUGAUGUAAACUUAAAUGAUGCUUUUCACUUUUUUUUGCUUCAUAUUUUACUCAAUAAAUUAUUUGAGACUACAGUUUAUUUUAAUGUUCAUAAACUCAGUUAUGAUUAAUUUUAUGAUAUACAAAUAAAAUAAAGGGAGAUAACGAUCAGUUUGAUUCACAUUUAAGAUUACCAAAAAAUCGAUUCGGAUUGUUGCCAUGGGAAUGUGAAAAUUCUUAAACUCUGAUUUUUUUCAUCAAAGUACUGGUAGGACUGAUACAAGUUGAAAGUUCUCCCAGCUUAGCUAAUGGGUAUUGUUUUACAGAUGAAAAUCUUGUCCAGUUCGGGGCGACAUACGCUAUUGCUUGCAAUAGCAGACUUUCUAGUUAUUAUUAUUUUUCUUCUUCUUCCUGGAACUUUUUUGUCCGGGAAUGAUCUUGUAAACUGUUUGUCCGAUGUAGGUAAAACCUUUUUAGGGUUAGUAGACAUGUUAUGUAGAUUUGCGGAAUCAAGGUCAUUUUGCGCGCACGUGCUUGCAAGAGCGUGCACGUGCAACACGUGAAAUGACCAAUAUAAUAGAUAUAGCCACAACUGUUCUAUUUUUAAAUGAAAUGCUUUGAAACUCAUAAUGUGAGGAUAUGUUAGUAGUAUAGACAUGACGACAUGGUGAAAAUAGCAAGAUCUCACGCGCAUGCACGUGCACUUCGCUCUGAUUGGCUGCAACUAAAGUCUCAAUAUCUUUCUUGUUUUUUGACGAAAUCCUUUGAAAUUUUGAACAUAGCCAUGCAUUAGGAUAUCCUACAACAUGAAAUAAAGCAAUUAUCAUGAAAACACGUGCAUGCACGUGCGCUGCAAUCUGAUUGGCUGAAACUUUAAACAGCUAUAACUCCCUUGGUUUUCAACCAAACAGGAUGAUAU